CUCCCCGCCGGCCGGCCGGCCGGCCGGGCCCCCUCCGCUCGUUCCCCACGCAAUUUGGAAUCUCGAAUCGCCGCUCAGCGCUCGCCAUCCCUCGAUGGAAAAACCCACGCGAUCACGGCACUCUCUCUACGUGUCCCCCAUUUAUACCAUCCCCCGUCCGUUGUUCCCGUCUCGUCCCUUCUGCUGCGCCCAUCUUUGCCUCAGCCCACCACCAUAUUCCGACAGAGAGGACAGAGAGAGGAAUGGCGAGCUCUCAGUGCUGCGAGAACCCGCCGGCGCUGGACCCGGCCGGCGGGGCGGGGAAGGUCGUGGACAGCUUCGGCGGGCUCAAGGCGUACGUCGCCGGCGCCGAGGACUCCAAGGCCGCCGUCGUCCUCAUCGCCGACGUCUUCGGGUUCGAAGCGCCGAAUCUGAGGAAGAUAGCCGACAAGGUUGCUUUAUCAGGAUACUUUGUUGUGGUGCCAGAUUUCUUUCAUGGGGAUGCUUACAUACCUGAGAAUGAGAAGCCCAUACAUGAGUGGCUAAAGUCGCAUGCUCCGGAAAAAGGGUUUGAAGAUGCAAAACCAGUUAUUGCUGCUCUAAAGGAGCAGGGAGUGUCUGCUAUUGGAGCUGCAGGUUAUUGCUGGGGUGCGAAGGUUGUUGUGGAGUUGUCAAAAGCUCAGGAGAUCCAGGCUGCUGUACUGUUGCACCCUUCGUUUGUUAGCGUUGAUGAUAUGAAAGAGGUCAAGUGCCCUAUUUCUAUACUGGGAGCUGAGGUUGACAAAAUGUCCCCACCAGAAUUAGUCAAGCAAUUCGAGCAGGUCCUUUCUGCGAAAUCAGGGGUUGGUCACUUUGUCAAGGUUUUCCCUGGUGUGUCUCAUGGAUGGAGCGUGCGGUACAGCCACGAUGAUGCAGCUGCCGUGAAAAGUGCUGAGGAAGCCCUGGCGGACAUGAUCGAUUGGUUUAACAAGAACCUGAAAUGAACUCUGCAGUUCCAUCCCGCCUUGUAAUAAAGCACAUCCCAGUGCGCUCAUUGUUCGAGCAUUGUGGGCUUAUCUGUUGUUUUAGGGCUUGCGCCGUCGGAUAAUUGGAAGUCUCAGUCUUUAUGCCCGUACACAUUCGCUGUAGACUGGUUGUGCUGAAUCCGUAAUAAAACGAGGUAAAUCACGACGGCGAUAUGCGUCCAUAACA